AUGUCGGUUCUACAGUCUUCGCUCCGACCAUUGCCCAGUAAGUUGCAUAAAAGUACGCUCGCUUUGAUGCGAUGUUUUUCUGACGACUUUCACAAGAGGAGAGAACUGAGGACGCCAGCUCCAAAUGGGGACAUAAAGAAGGAGUUUACCAAUGUAACCAGCUUUUAUUAUCAAAGUGCUAUUGAUGCUGCAGCCAUGCAGCCAUCAGUCCGUCUGACUCCAGCAGCUAUUUUAUAUUCUGGAAAAAGUCCAGACCAGAGUCAUAUACUGAGAAGUGCUCAGUAUCUGCACAAGGAGUUGCCAGUUAGAAUAGCUCAUAGGAUUAAUGGAUUCCGGAACCUUCCAUUCAUAGUUGGUUGUCAUCCGACUUUGUUGUAUGUGCAUGAACUCUACAUACGUGCCUUCCACAUUCUGAGUGAAUUCGGUCCUAUCAGAGACAUGGAGCAAGAGCAGCAAUGGUCUGAUGCAUUGAGGAAUCUCCUUGAUGAUCAUAAGGAUGUGGUCACACAGCUGGCAGAGGGUUUUGCAGAGUGCCGGAAAUAUGUUAGCGAUGAGGGACUCAUCAAGACAUUCUUGGAUCGAACUCUUACCUCUCGGCUGGGAAUCCGGAUGUUGUCUGAGCACCAUCUUGCCCUUCAUGAUGAGAAACCGAAUCAUGUGGGCAUCAUCAAUAUUACAUUUUCUCCACGCAAGCUUGUAGAGAAAAAAGCGGAAUUUAUCAGGAGUAUUUGUGAAGCAAAAUACGGAGCCUCCCCAAAUGUGAAAGUUAAUGGCCACGUGAACUGCACUUUCCCUUAUAUCCAGCCACCUUUAGACUACAUCCUUGGGGAGUUGCUGAAGAACGCCAUGAGAGCAUCAAUGGAGUCACACAUCCAGGGCACUAACAUCCCAGAUAUCACUGUCACCAUUGCUAACAACGAUCAUCAUUUUGUGUUCAGAAUUUCAGACAGAGGAGGUGGUAUUCCAGCCAAGAUAAUCCACCAAGUGUUUGACUACAACUUCACUACAAGUGGUUCUAUGCUGGAUGACCGUGUGGAUCGGGGAAUAUUUGGACAGAUGAUGGACACUGAUAACACAGGACCUGCACCUGGAAAAAUGCAUGGGUAUGGAUUUGGACUUCCGACAUCUCAUGCAUAUGCCAAGUAUCUGGGCGGAUCCUUGACACUGGAAACACUGGAGGGCAUCGGCACAGAUGUCUAUCUUCGUCUGAGCCAUAUAGAUGGAAGAUCCGAAAGUUUCCGUAUUUAA